GACUUCACCGCCGUCAAUCUUGAGCGGCCGCUGGGCGGAAUGCUUCUGUACAGCCCUUGGGCCGGCUUCAGCACAGACUACCCAAGCUUCAACAAUGAGGCAUUGGACAUGAUGUCGCCGAUUUGUCUCCGUAAAUGGUCCGCUAUGUUUCUCGACAAGGCCCAUCCCGCCGAUCCAGAAGCGGACCCGGGGCCAGUCUCAGGCGAUGCUUGGACUGAACCUUGUCUGAACCCUGCAUCUUGGUGGAGCGGGUCGCAUCAGGUUGUCAAUGGUAUCUUUAUCUCAUAUCGCAGUUACGAGGUGCUCGCGGAUUCCAUCAAAGAGUUGGAACAAGAGCUGAAGAGAGGCUGGGUAGAAGGUGGUGGCGAUGCGAAUCAAGUGACGUUUGUUGGUGCGCCCAAAGAGGCUCAUAUUGGCCCAAUCCAGGAUAUAAUGACACCUGGUAAAUCCAGUCAUAAGAGCGAGACCCAAGUCGCUAUCGAAGCGUGGUAUAAGGCACGUCUGCAA